AUGAAAAGUCACGGGGAGCUCCGGGAGGAAGCCCAGCAGGAGUUAGCUGCCCUGGAUGACCCUCCAGCCAGGCCGCUGGACAUGCUCUCCCUGGAGUCAAGGUCUUCAGCCAGAGCCCCCCCCCACCUCGCGUCUCCCCGUGGGCUGGUGGAGUCGUUGGCCAGUAUCAUGCUGCAGGACACAGACAGGCUCUCUCUCCUUCUCAUAUCCCACCAUCUCCACCAUGAGGGCAAAUUCAAAGAGGUGAAUGGCAGACCACCCCGUCUGCUGCUCCAGAGGAAGCUGAACACUAUUAAGCACCAGGUAGCUGUCUUUCCAGAGCUCCAGAGGAAGCUGCUUGCCCUCAUAGAUUCCUGGUACCAGCCUGGCUUCCACAUCUUGUAUAUUGCCAAGUAA